AUGUAUAUUAACAUAGUCUGGAGCGUGCUGAUGGAGGUAGUAGAUAGCGUGAUGGGAUGUUUGACUGUGGAAAUUGUCUUUAGUAGGAAGACGAGCAAGUCGACUGGGAGGUCGGUGUCCAAAUUGGGUCUAGCGCAGCCUUUAACGACCUCACUCCGUCAUAUGAAAAAUUUGCACCCGAUUGGCGGUCGCACAUUCGGCUCCUCAAGCCUCACGGUUGCUCGUUGUUCAAGCCCGUACCGCGCUGAAUGGAUCGUUAACGCGUUCCCGGAGCUUGCCAAGACUUUGGAGAAUUUCCCUCGAAGGCAAGAAUACGUAGCAGCUGCCGAUUUGGAGGUACCAGCGGAAUGGAAAUUGUCAAUUCGGACACGGAGAACAAGCUCCUGUUGUCAAAAUCAUGGCAAAAACGUUACCUGGGUCACCGUCGUCGCGUAA